GCCACAUACGAUUUGGCAAGUGCUGCCACCUCAGACACUGGGUCUUACACUUGUAAAGCUACGAUCUAUGCCGUAGAUUCAGUGGCCAGUGUUGCAUAUUCAUUUGCAGUUGUUGACAAACCUGGAGUGCCAACUGUGACAUCAGACGUAGCUGCUCCAAAUCAAGGCGAUGAUGUCUCACUGUCUUGUACUGCCUCCAGUGUCGCCAGCAUCACCUCCUACAAAUGGUACAAGGAUGGCAGCGAGCUGAGUGGACAGAAUACAGCACUGCUUAGCCUGACCAACAUUCAGCCAGCUUCUGUUGGUUCCUACACCUGUGAGGCACUCAUUGACACAGUGGCCUCUGACACAAGCCACGGAUACACAGUCACAGUUCUCGAACCUCCUGCUCAGCCCACGCUGACAUCGAGCCUGGCUCAGGGCUUGACAGUGGCAGCCGCAGGCAGUGAAGUCACACUGACUUGCGCAGCCACAGAAUCUGAUGUGACGUUCAAGUGGUAUAAGGGUUCUGAUCUGGUGAGCGGUCAGUCUUCCAGCACGUACGUGUUAACGAGUGUGGACAACACCAAGGAAGGAACGUACUCCUGUAAAGCUUCAAAUAAUGCAGGAGACUCACCCAGCAGUAACUCUGUGUCUUUCACUGUCCAAGACCCGAUCAGCAAGCCGUACAUUACGAGCAGCUUGGCUGUUGUGGGUGAAGGUGAUGACGUCACACUGACCUGCAACACAGACUCCUCGCCCGUCUCUGCCUUCACGUACACGUGGGUAAAGGACGCAGGUAGCCCACUCUCUGAGACUGGCAGGGACUUACAGGUCACUGGAGCAUCUCAGAGCACAGAUGGGGGCAGCUACACCUGUACCAUUACAGACACACUAACCUCUGACCCUAGUAAUGAACAUUUUCUCGCUGUCUAUGCUGUACCGGACAAGCCAACCAUCACCGUUGCCCCCUCUUCAUUCUCCAGUGGUGAUUCUGUAGCUUUGACCUGCACAUCUAGCUCAGAGGGUUCUCUCAGUCUUAGCUAUGAGUGGCUUCAGGACAAUGAGCUGCGCUCAGAGACAUCUAAGGUGCUCACUUUGCCAUCUUUUACAUCGUCUACCGAUGGUGGCACGUACAAAUGUGCAGCUAUCAAUUCUGGGGUCAAAUCUACGUACAGCGAUGAAGUACCAGUUGCUGAGAGUGGAGCACCUGCACAGCCCAGCCUGACUGUGACCCCCAGUAGUUUUGCAAUUGGCGACUCUGUCACUCUGGAAUGUUCCACCACCACCAGUGCCAUCACUACGUUUGCCUACUCCAAGAACGGGGUGACUGUGAGUGGAGAAUCAGCCAGUACUCUCGUCAUAUCUUCUUUUGCCUCGACCGACACCGGAGGGUACACUUGUAGAGCAAUCUCUGGCUCAGGGGUCGAGUCUGUGGCUAGUGCUGAGCUGCAAAUUGGUCCAACAGGAGCUCCUGAUACACCUGUUGUGACUGUUGUCCCGACAACGUUCAUGGACGGCUCUGAUGUGACCUUGACCUGUACCAGUACUUCAUCAGGAGUCCAAACUGUUCAAUGGUACAAGGAUGGUCAAGCUGAAGGCUCUACAAGUACCAGCAGUGAACUGUCCUUGAACCCGUACGCUGCCAGCACUCACGAUGGAGAGUACAGCUGUGAGGUCACAAUUAGUGGGGUCAUGUCUUUGACAAGUGACUACCUCACUCUGACAGGUUCAGCUCAACCUACUGCUCCCACGAUCUCAUCAAGCCUCACAGAUAUCUACGAAGGAUCUUCUCCAACACUCACUUGCACGAGCUCCAGUGCCAGUUCUAUGACCUUGACUUAUGAAUGGUUUAGGAGUGGCACUCAGGUGCCAGGGGAAUUUUCCUCCACCUACAUGAUAUUGUCAGCUGAUUCCAGCCAUGAUGGAAUGUACACUUGUAAAGCCUUGGUCAGCAGCACUGUCUUCUCAGACAUCAGUGCAAGUUUCUCUGUCAGCGUCAGGCAACCACCCUCAAAGCCUUUGAGUGUCAUAGGAUCAUUACUGGCUGUUCCUGACGGAGACUCGACUACUUUGACGUGUAACCAUGGCAACACUGGAACCCUGACCUACACCUGGAUGAAAGAUGGACAAGUGGUCAGCGGGAGUGCGUCCACUUUGGUCGUCUCGUCUUUUGCUUCUUCUGACGCAGGAGAUUACACUUGUGCAGUGGUAGAAGCUCCUUUGUCCUCCCCUGAGAGUGAUCCUCUUGCCGUAGUCUACGCAGCUGUACCCCAGACGCCAUCUUUAUCAUCAAGUGCAAGUUCAACUGUUGAGACAGGCACGAGUGUCACUCUGACGUGUGCCACAUUAAGCAGCCACGGAACUGUAACCUAUUCUUUUCUGCAAGAGACAACGGAGGUUCAAAGUGGUCCCAGCGCCACCUAUGAUUUGACAAGUACUGCCCCCUCAAACUCUGGCUCUUACACGUGUGUGGCCACAAUCUAUAAUGUAGAUUCUGCGCCAAGCUCUGCAGAUUCAUUACAAGUUGUUGAUAAUCCAGGGGUACCGACAGUUUUGUCCAACGUGGCUGACCCAAACCUGGGCGAUGACGUGACGCUGACCUGCUCAGUGACCAGCGUGGCCACCAUCACCUCCUACAGGUGGUACAAGGGUAGUGUCCAACUCACUGGGGAGGUCGCCGCUACCCUCACUUUUACCAACAUCCAGACAACUGCUGCAGGCUCUUACACUUGCAAGGCGUUUAUUGACACUGUGGAUUCAGAUCAGAGUCAGGCUUAUUCCGUCACUGUGCUGGUGCCUCCAAGUCAGCCCACGCUAGCGUCCAGCCUGGCCCAGGGCAUGACCGUCAUAGCCACAGGCAGUGAUGUCACAUUCACUUGCACAGCCACAGAAUCUGAUGUGACGUUCAAGUGGUAUAAGGGUUCCGAUCUGGUGAGCGGUCAGUCUUCCAGCACGUACGUGUUAACGAGUGUGGACAACACCAAGGAAGGAACGUACUCCUGUAAAGCUUCAAAUAAUGCAGGAGACUCGCCCAGCAGUAACUCUGUGUCUUUCACUGUCCAAGACCCAAUCAGCAAGCCGUACAUUACGAGCAGCCAGGCUGUUGUGGGUGAAGGUGAUGACGUCACAUUGACCUGCAACACAGACUCCUCGCCCGUCUCUGCCUUCACGUACUCGUGGGUAAAAGACGCGGGUAGCCCACUCUCUGAGACUGGCAGGGACUUACAGAUCACUGGAGCAUCUCAGAGCACAGAUGGGGGCAGCUACACCUGUACCAUUACAGACACACUGACCUCUGACCCCAGCAACUGGUUCACUCUUACCGUCUAUACUGUGCCUGAGAAGCCUACCAUCUCCAUGACCCCGACUACAAUCAACGUCAAUGACGCUGUGAUUAUGACCUGUACAUCCAGUUCUGAAAGUUCUCUCAGCCUCACCUAUGAAUGGCUUUUAGACAAUAACCUCCGCUCAGAGACCACGAAGGGGCUGACUUUGCACGCCUUUAAUCCGUCCACUGACACUGGAACAUACAAAUGUGCUGCGGUACAUUCUGGCGUCAAGUCUGCCUACAGUGAUGGGACGUCAGUGGCUUUGAGUGGAGCACCUGCACUGCCCAGCCUGACUAUGUCCCCCAGUAGUUUUGCAAUUGGCGACUCUGUCACUCUGGAAUGCUCCACCACCACCAGCGCCAUCACUACGUUUUCCUACUCCAAGAACGGGGUGACUGUGAGUGGAGAAUCAGCCAGUACUCUCGUCAUAUCUUCUUUUGCCUCGACCGACACUGGAGGGUACACGUGUAGAGCAAUCUCUGGCUCAGGGGUAGAGUCUGUGGAUAGUGCUGAGCUGCCAGUUGCUCCAACAGGGACUCCAAACACUCCGGUGGUCACUGUGAGCCCAACAACUUUCAUGGAUGGCACUGAUGUGACACUGACUUGCUCCAGCACAUCGACGGGAACAAAGUCAUACCAGUGGUACAAGAAUGGUCAAGCUGAAGGCGCUGCAAGUGCCAGCGGUGACCUGUCCUUGAACCCGUACGCUUCCAGCACUCAUGAUGGAGAAUACAGCUGUGAGGUUACAAUUAGUGGUUUUACAUCACUGAUGAGUGACUCUCUUACUCUGGUUGCUUCUACAAAACCUGCUUCUCCCACAAUCUCGUCAAGCCUCACAGAUAUCUACAAAGGAUCUUCUCCUAUACUCACUUGCACAAGCACCAGUGCCAGUUCUAUGACCUUGUCCUACCAAUGGUUCAGGAGUGGCACUCAGGUGCCAGGGGAAUUUUCCUCCACGUACAUGAUAUUGUCAGCUGAUUCCAGCCAUGAUGGAACGUACACUUGUAAAGCUUUGGUCAGCAGUGCAGUCUUCUCAGACGACAGUGCUAGUUUCCCUCUCAGUGUCAGGCAGACACCUACCAAACCCAGUAGUGUUACAGCCACUUCAGUUGCGGUACCUAAUGGAGGUUCAACAACCUUGACCUGUAACCAUGGCAACGCGGGUGCCCUUACCUUUAUCUGGGAGAAAGAUGGAGUGACCGUCUCUGGAAGUGCAUCGACUUUAGUCCUCUCCUCGUUCACUUCGUCUAGCGCAGGGGAUUACACUUGUGCUGUGAGGGAGGCACCUCUGACCUCUCUUCAAAGUGAUCCCCUCAAUAUCUAUCUGGCAGUUGCUCCGAACACCCCAAGUCUGUCGAGCAGCCCGUCUACCUUCAACACGGGAGACGCUGUGACCUUGACCUGCACCACAACAACUAUGGGUAGCGGGAUCACAUAUCAGUUCCUGCGAGACGGAACCUCAGUCAGUGACCAGGCUUCCAGCACAUACUCGAUCGGCAGCUUUGCCACGUCUGACACGGGCGCUUACACGUGCACAGUAACCAAGGACUCUCUGGUGUCGGCUGAGAGUGCAACAGUGAGCCUUGCAGCAAAUGGUGCACCCGCUCGCCCAUCUUUGACAACUUCCGACGCUUAUGUUAUUGCUGGAAAUAGUGCCACUUUGACUUGUGCAUCAACUUCAUCUGGUACCAAGACCUACUCAUGGAAGAAAGAUGGCCAGGCAAUAUCUGGAUCAGAUGCCACGCUGACGGUCAGUAGCUUCAGUUCCAGCUCUGAAGGAUCUUACACCUGCCAAGUGACCAUCAGCAGCAUUCCGUCUUUGGACAGUCCUGUAGUGGAUUUGACCCUCGCUGUGGGUCCCGCCAACUCUGUGGUGCUUAAAAAAGGCAGCGUUGUCCUGGGCUCGGUCCACUCUGAGGUGUCCAGCUCGGACCUGAACGUGACCUGUGAGGCUACGUGCACCCCGACCUGCUCCUUCUCCUGGACCAAGCCAGACUCGUCCACCGUCUCCUCGUCCACUCUGUCGCUGACCAACCUGCAGCUGGUGCACGAGGGGACCUACACCUGCACCGCCACCAACCUGGCAGGCUCUGCCGGUCAGGCCUUUGAACUCAGAGUCACAGCUGGAGCGAGAGCAGUGACACCUACCAGUCUUUCCUUCCUGAUGCUAGCUGUUGUUUUGUCCUACGCUGGAUCCAAGCUCUGAGAGGCCCUGAUGAUAUUAAUCAAACCGAAGAAUGUGAUAGAUAUUGGAUGUCAUCCAAACCGAAGAAUGUGAUAGAUACUGAAAGUCAUCCAAAAAACGCUGAGGAUGGCAUGUCCACUGCCUGCAAAUAUAGUGUGAUACUGUGUGUAUAGUUUGUUUCACAAGACCUUAAUUUAUUACCACCAUUUCAUCACCGCUGAUUGUUAUCGAGAGAAUCUUAUUCAUUACAUAGUUGCAGGUCGAGACUGCUUUUACCAAUAUUGUGAUGUAAUACCAAGUGUUCCAUUUUGAAAUUAUGUGAACCCAUCAGCUCACACUAGCAUUCCGUCCGUCAUCUACCUUGAUAUUUACAAAUAUCUAUUCUCUUUACACUUAAAUGCUGCCUCUAUAUUCUGCCUUUACUGUGUUGAUGUCUUAGACAAUGGUAGUGCAGUGACCUGCUACAGAAGUUGUUGCUUGUUGACAUGACCUGUUGUUGUUGAUGUUGUUACCCUUUACUUUUCCAGCCACAAGAUUGUCUGACACACAGAAAGCCUUUAUUUCUUUUCCCGGGGCCCAGAAUUUAAAUGCUCCGGCCGUAGAAUUUAUGUACAUAAUUGUUUGUAAUGGAAUUUUUCAGCAGAGAGCUCAUGCUUUGUCAUAUUAUUCAAGCUUUUGUAUACAAAUCCUUGUGCCUGAUAACCUUCUCAUUCCCAGUUUCUCAGACAUUCCUCAGGGUUUCAGUUGUUAAAAUAGUUACAUAUUAUGCUUUUGAAUGGAAUUCAAGCAUUCUGCAUGUGCUUUGUGUUAGUGUCAGUAUAGAUUCAAUGUUUUGAUCAUUCUGACAUCACAGAAGUGGCUUUUUUUUCCGUGUAUUUGAUUAUUGUAUUUGUCUUAGUCAAAUUUUUUUAAAGGCUUUUGCUUUUAAAUUUGAUGAAACCAACUUUUCUUUGUUAUCUUUGAUAAUGAAUCAUAUGCAGUCUUUACAAGCAUCUUUGGGAUACUUUCAAAUUGCUUGCAUUGAUUAAAAUGGAACUGAGGGAUUUUCAUCACUUUUGAUUUUUCAAAGAUGUCAAACUAUUUUAUUUGUUGUGGGGCCUACUAUUAUAUUGUCUUCCACUGAGUCCUAGUUAAUUUGUUUAAAUAGAAUCAUUAAAAUGUAUUCUAAAGCGAAACAAGAAGCAAUAGCUUAGGGUUUUGUAGAGAUUUCUUUUUUGUUUGGGUUCUGUCUGUCAUUUGUUGUGGACUUGUUGCUUUUCAUAUCUGUUCCUUCUCUUUGUUUUUUACUGUUUGUUUUGGUUGUUUUUCUCCAAUUUUGUAUCCUUGACAAAAGGGAAUGGUGUAACUGGGUUACAUGACUAUGUUAGAUACUUGUUAAGGGACUUCAGUCAUUGUGUCUACAUGUGCACUAGAGAGCU